UCUUCUCGGGGCCUGUUCAGUUGUAGGAAACAUUUUUAGAUUUAAAGUUGUCUGCAGAUUAUGUCCAUGCCAAAUUUUCCAAAUCAGAUAGAGUGAAAAAGAAAUGGAAUAAUUGUAAUUUGUGGUUUGUGCAGGGUCUCUGUCUGCAGUUGCUAAAGUCACGUCAUUACUGAAAAAUGAAGACUGUUGGUUUGAAGAAUAUAUGCCAUUACCUCAUAUGAAUAUAUGCCAUUAAUCUGAAAAUUAUUAUUACUUUUUUUAUUUUAGUUUUUGUUUGAAGAAGGCUGAGAUGUUUAAAAGGAGGCUGGCGGAAUUGGCGAGGAUUCAAGUUCAUCUUGAUACAAAGGACAAAGGUUUCUCAAGUUUAUUAGUUUUCAUUAGGGAGAGUUGUAUUUUUUUUUCUGCAAGUUUAAGACCUUGUUUUUAUCAAACAUUACUAUUCAUGCCUAUCCAUAUAAAGAAUAAUAAUUAAAAGGCUGCUUGCACAGACACCAUCCAUUUAUAGAUUCAAAGUAUCAUAAAUCUCAUCUCUUGUAGCAUAUAGGACGGAGUUUGUGAGUUCUGAAUUCAAGAUUUCUGUUCUUUGUCAAUUAUUUCUCUCUUUCAUCUUCCUUUUUUCUGUGCCAAAUUCUGUGUGGAUCCAACUCUCAACGACUGGAUCGAGCAUGAGCUUGGAUACAUUUUUGGCUGUUUUCACUCGACAAAAUUGAGAAAUAAAGAAGUCAUCUUCUUGUUAUCACCCCGUAAAUGAACAGCGAGAAGAUCACGUGCCAACAGAAAGUUCAACAAAGCCAUGGCUUCUUGUUAUGUGAUUACGAUUUAGAAUUCCCAAACUGCUCUUCGCAAUUCUUUCAGCACCAGCCUUAUCACAUGGGAAUUUUCACUGCCAUGGAGGGAGGAUCACGGCAACAUAAGACUAGGAAUCCUAAUCCAUCCGGCACAAUCCUCACCCGCCUUGGAUCACCGGCUUCUUCUUUUUAUGCAACUGAACUCUAUAUGGGGUUUCCACAAUAUGAGUAUCCAACUGGAAAUCCCACUCUGUGCUCCCAACAGCCCGCCACUUGUGAUCUGCAAACACCGCCAUAUCAAUCUUCAGUCGAAAGCCUUUAUUUUGGGGGACCGGAUCAGCAACCUGACCCCAACUUCCAGUCCGAGACUGGCCUCCAAUCAGGCUUGAAGUCCCCAUUUUCUGUCUAUCAAUCCUGCAAUGAGCUCUCGGAGACUCAGCGUAUUCUGCUGCUGAAAAAGAAGUUGCUAGAUGAUUUUGACACUUCAGAAAGAAGAUAUCCUUCAAAUCCCUUUGAAGGAAAUCAGGAUCCUAAUGCUUCUGAAACGGCCUACAACCCUCAACUCGAACAUUUGGGGCAGUCUGCCAGGCCUUCUGGAGUCACUGCAGCCGCUUCCAUUAACUCUGGAGCAGCCAUUUCGAGCAAAACACGAAUUCGGUGGACUCAAGAACUUCAUGACCGGUUUGUCGAGUGUGUAAAUCGCCUAGGUGGAGCAGACAAGGCAACACCAAAACAAAUACAGAAGCUAAUGGACAAAGAGGGGUUGACCAUCUUUCACAUCAAAAGUCAUCUGCAGAAAUAUCGAAUUGCAAAGCACAUGCCAGAACAUGCAGAAGGAAGAUCCGAGAAAAGGACUAGUUUGACUGAUGUCGCACAGAUUGAAAUGAAAGCCGGCAUGCAAAUUAGGGAGGCCCUGCAAAUUCAGCUCGAUGUUCAGAGGCGCCUUCACGAGCAGUUAGAGAGAAAUUUGCAGCUGAGGAUUGAGGAACAAGGCAGGCAGCUCAAGAUGAUGUUUGAUCAGCAACAGAGAACAAAUAGGAGCCUUUUUGAGAUGCAGAAUUCAGAUAUCACAUCCCCGGUUCCUGCAGCGGAUGGCUCUGUAAAUACUCCUUCCUUGUCGAAAAUAAGUUAGUUGACACCACAACCAGCAGAGUGAAAUAAAGCCCUUCAUGUAGAAAAGAAAAAAGGAAGAAAACUUCCACAUGAAUGCUACUUGGCAUAAUAUACAAAGAAAUCAAAUAUAGUUUCCGCAGUCCUUCUGAAUUAAGCUCGAAAAGCACACUUCCGUGCCUAAUGCUGAUAAAAGGAAACGUUUUAAGUUCAUCACCAUUCAUGCAUAACAGAAUCAAGAAUUCAAAUGAUAAUGGUGGGAGGAAUACUGUUCUUGAAUCAUUCCA